AUGUACAGCCUUGGUCUGACGCCUGACAAAUCUUUUAAAAAGUCCGCUCGGGUUGUCGGUGAAGUGAUCGGUAAGUACCACCCCCACGGCGACAGUUCGAUUUACGACGCCCUAGUGCGAAUGGCUCAGGAGUGGAAAACUAACUUUCCGCUGGUGGAAAUUCACGGUAACAAAGGUUCGAUUGACGACGACCCGCCGGCUGCAAUGCGUUACACCGAAGCUCGUCUAAGUCCGCUCGCGCUAGAGAUGAUGCGUAACAUUGACAAGCAAACGGUCAAGUUUACACCUAACUUUGACGAUUCAGAAAUAGAACCGACCGUUUUACCAGCGCUAGUUCCCAACCUACUUGUCAACGGCGCGCUCGGAAUCGCCGCUGGCUACGCGACUGACAUGCCACCCCACAACCUUAAGGAAGUUUUAGAUGGGGUGAUCGCCCGGAUCCGUAAUCCCCACCUUAGUUUGCGCGAACUUAACAAAAUUAUCAAAGGUCCGGAUUUUCCAACCGGCGGAAUCGUGCUUGGCAAAGCAGGCAUUCGCGAAGCGUUUGAACGCGGUUCGGGCAAGAUCGCUCUGCGAGCCAAAACGGAAAUUAGUCCGCCGGGCAGCAAACACCCCUACAUCAAGAUCACCGAGAUCCCCUACGGCGUAGUUAAAUCCCGUUUAAUCCGUCAAAUCGACGAAAUUCGUCUUGACACCAAAGUCGCCGGACUGAAAGAGGUGCGCGACGAAAGCGACCGCCACGGGAUCCGGAUUAUGGUGGAACUCCAGAGCACGAGCGAUCCGUCUAAAAUCUUGGCUUACCUUUUUAGCAAAACCGAUCUGCAAGUUUACUACCACUACAACAACGUGGUGAUCGCUAACCGGGCUCCGGUUAAAUUAGGACUGAUCGGUUUAAUUGAUGCUUACUUAGUCCACCAGCGUGAGAUCCUCAUCCGCGCGCUUGAGUACGAUUUAGCCAAGCAUAAGCGCCGGCUAGAAAUCGUCAAAGGACUCACCAAAGCGAGCGAGAUGAUCGACCGGAUUAUUGAGUUAAUUAAGCAAGUGGCUGGCUCAAAGCAGGCGGUGAUUGAAGCGCUAAUGUCAAAGCACCACUUUACCGAGCUCCAAGCUCAAGCGAUCGCGGAACUGCGUCUUUACCGCCUUUCGAACACCGACCAAAAUUUGCUGGCGGAAGAGAAAAAAGAGUUAACUAAACUGAUUCACCAAAAGGAAGCGUUAAUCGGUUCGCGCACUAAGUUUGAUGAUUUUUUAGUUAACCUUUUAACCAAGCUCGGCGAGCAGUUUGGUCAAAAACGCAAAAGUCAAAUCGAAGCCCACCUUGACACGACUAAAGUUGACCUUGAGGCGCUAGUUAAACACGAGGACGCUUACCUGGGAGUAACACGCCAAGGCUACAUCAAAAGAGUCGGCGUGGCUGAGUACGGCGCCGAGCAGUUGCUUGAUUACCGUCUCAAAGAAAACGACACCCUCGUUUAUUUUCACCAAGUUAACACGGCCGACAAACUGCUGGUGUUUACGUCGCUAGGCCGCUACGUUUUCUUACCGCUCCACAAAGUGGAGAGUUCCAAGUGGCAAGACUUUGGUAAACAUAUCAACGACUUUGCCCUGAUUGAUCCGCACGAAAAAGUGGUCGAUGCGAUCGCGGUCCACGAUUUUAACCUCCACGCUUACAUCGUGCUGGUCACUCGUCAGGGGAAAGGCAAGCGGGUGCGACUGAGCGAUUUCUUAGUCACGCGUUACACUAGUCCGCUCCGAGCGAUUAAUUUAGAGACUGGCGAUGAACUCGUUAACGCCCGACCUUCAAACGGUCACCACCAAGUCAUCAUCAUUACCAAAUUCGGUCGGUCCGUGCGUUACGCCGAAACGCAGCUGACAAUCUAUUCACCGCGUUCCAGCGGAAUCCGUGCCCUAGCUCUUAAUCAGGACGACCAGGUGGCGAGUUUAGUGAUCGGGAAAGGUUCGGACGUGAUCGGCCUUGUUUCAAGCCGGGGCGGUCUGAAACGGAUCCGGAUUAAAAGCAUUGAACCGAUGGGUCGUAACACCAAGGGUAAACCAGUUUUCCUAAUGCUUAAGAAAACACCCCACCUAGUUUUAGACGCCAAGAUUGUGCUGGCUAAAACGUUGAUCUACGUUCGUCGCGGCGAAGAAAAACAGAUCAUCACUUUUAAAGAGGCUGAAAUCACCACCAACCAAACCGGUUUUUCGCUGACCAAAUUUAAACACCUGGACGAUGCUUCGAUCAUGCAUUACAACCGUCUCCACCAGGGAUCGUGA